UAUGGCGGGUUGCGAACGACGCUAUGGCUUUUCAAAAAUUAUUGUUUUGUUUUUGGUACAGUCUGCAGCCACGUCGACAGACCUUUCACCAAAAUUUAAAGAUUUUUUACCAAAUGUUCUGGAAAGACAUAUAAAAGUGUCAAGACAUUUACCAGUGUGUGUUAUAUACAGAAAACCAGGUGAAGGUUCACCGUUAGAGGAUGUAGUACAUGAGUUAUGGAAAGGUGAUAAAAAGAAUUUUACUUCUUGGGAAUUUGGUUCAUAUUCCUUUGGCAAGAAUACAAAACUUCACUAUAGAAAUCCAUCAACUGUUCCAUUAUUGAGAUGUUUCCUAGGACUUACAUCUCACUUUGAUUAUACAGAUGAACCAAAUAAAUACAAGAUCAACCAUUGGUUAGAUAGACUGGCCAGAACAUUAGAAGACCAGUUACAAGAUGCAACUGAACAAUUGGUGGAAAAAACUGCAGGCAAUUACAAAUUUACUGUGAUAGCAUUUCCUGACCCUGCACGGCACUCAGAAAUUGAAGAAAUGGCUUUCCAGGUUACAGAAGAGAACUUGAACUGUAAAGCAUAUAUAAGUCAUAUGCAUUCAUUAGAUAACAGAAAAAUAAGAUUAAAAUAUAAAGUAAAUGAAGUUCCAUCCAUUAUUAUUAUCUACAGGAAAGACACUGUCAAAACAGUACAUCACUUCAGCAAACAACAGAUGACAGUUUUGUCAUUAGAUAUAUUUAUCAAGUCCAGGUUGUUACCAGUUCCACAUUACACUUUGGCUACGUUUGAAAGAGAUGUAAUAAAAAGCAGCAUGAAAAUUUAUACUCCCAAGAUACUAACGUUUUAUGCAUAUUGGAGUCCAGGAAUAUAUGGUUAUUUAUCAGCUCUAAACAGGACUAUGGAUGAAUUCUGGGACCUUGGUGUAGAGGUCCUUUUUGGUUUGGUUGAUAUAACUGAUGACACAGCAGAUUCUAGAAAAAUUAUAAACAGAUGGAUCAGUUCAAGAAUAGCUCAGCGAUUACCAUUUACCCUGCUAUAUUAUAAAGAUAGCAAUAAUACAAUCCAACAGAGAUUAUUUACUGAAGAAAGACCUACACCUAUGUCAGUAUAUAACUGGUUAUCAACUUAUGAAGAGGUUGCAGAUGCAAUACGCUUACCACUUAUUUACCAACCCUAUGGUGUGGAAGAUCCUAAUAUGUUUACAUACAAAGAUGAAGGACCAUAUGGAUGUUCUUGUUACCUGACAUCACACAACCAGACAGUCAGUACACCACAACAAUACUGGUGGACAUGGACAAUUCAUCCCAAGAAACAAAGACAGAAAAAAACAGAAACUCAGAAAUCAUGGCAUGAUUUGUUUGGAACAGAAAACAUCAAUAAAAAAUUGGAAAAACUAGAAAACAUUCCAUUGUUAAGUCAUCUGUACUGGUCUGAAGUAGUGGAGAAAUCACACGCACCUUUACAUCCCUUUAUGCCAGGUAGAGAGUGGGCUGGUGAAGUGACAAAAGUAGCCCUUAUUAUAUUUAUAAUGGCUGACUGCAGGAGUUGUAAAAAUGGAAUGGAAACAUUUAAAAAUCUACAGAAUUCUGUCAAAUAUAUAGCUGGUGGCUCAGUUUACUUGGUGAAUUGUACAGAAGAAGUAGAACUAUGUAAAGAACAUGACAUAAGGGGAUUCCCCACUGUAACAGCAUUCAGAGGACUUGGUUGGUUAGACAGUAGUACAUGUAUUUCUGAUGAAAGCCAGAUAUUAUACAAAAGUUACAGAAGAAUGGAUUACCAUGGAGUUUUACAGGCCAAACCAAUAAUGGUGUGGUUUGGGGAAAUAGCUAGUUCUGCAGUAAAAGACAGAUUAUUUGAAUGGCCAAAGCAACAGUUAGUGGAGGAUGUAAGACUGGUUGGUGUCCUGGUUCCUAAAGCAUCCAGAUUCCUUCCUAUACCACCAGGCAGAAAACAGAACUAUUAUUUCUCUUAUGAGUGUUAUCGAUUGAUAUGUGAAAGACUAUUUGGUAAAGCUACCUGCUAUUCAGUUUACAGUAAAGAACUACCACAAAUAGAAUUUAAACAAAAAGAUUUAGAUGUUGUUAUAUCAAAGAUAAUUCUACAAAGAAAGGACGGAGUUGUUGCUACAUUGAUGCAGAUUGGUCAUACACUCAGUCAGUCCUUAGAGAAUCAAGAAAAUACAAAGUUACACAUGUUCCAUAAAGCUCAUAGAUAUAAAUUAGGGCAUGGUCAGAAAUGUGAAACUGACCAUGCUGCUUGUACAGAUAUUAUAACAGCCUUUACUUUAGACCAUUCACGUCUGCCAAUAACACAGAUCAACUCUAAUGCAUUUCAUACAUCUGAUAGCUUAGACAGUGAAGACUUACCAAUAUUAAUUGCUUUAGUCUACAAAGAUAAUAUGACAGAUACAGCCUCAUUUUCACAGGUUUUAACAGAGGUAGCGUACCAGUUUUAUAAUGAGAUAAUUGUUAUGACCCUGGAUGUUGAAGAGUUUCCAGCUUGGGCAGGGCAGUUUUUGCCUAUAGAUUACACUAAAAUUAUGAUCAAAUACGAUGGUGAUCCAAAAUUAUUAUUUGACUAUCCAAGAGUCUGUAUGGUAAAAAAGAAAGACCACACUCAUGCUGCAUUCUACCCACCGCUGGAAGAAGAUCGGUGGUUGGUUGAUUGGUUUGAACCAUACAAAUUAAAGCAGUUCAUAUUGGAUUACUUAGAUGAUCCUUCACAAAACAUUAUUGAAACUGAACAUUUCUGAUUGAUGCUUUAUUGUCUGUGAUGAAUGGUAGUGAUUGAUAGGAAUAACAUGGUAUUAAGAAAACCCAUAAAAUUUUAUUUCAAAAGUUGAAGGUAUGAAUGUCUAGUUCUAAGGAUUCUGACAUGUAUGUUCUGUCCCUGACUUCAUUUUCAUUGUUCAGUGACUUUAAAAUUUAUAAGUUAAUAUAAUUGGUAGGUUGUAGUCCUCAUUUCCUCCAUAACUGUGUGAUCAUAUCAAUGAAAAGAAGGUAUGUGGUAUUUUAAUCAGUGGUUCAAAUUUGCUUUAAAUAAUGAAAGGUCCGGGACCAUUUGAAAUUUUAAGUGAAGGGUCCUCUAUAAGAAAUCAAUGGUCGUGUAUCAAGCAUCAGUGUAAAGAAUGGUAGGUCCUUGACUUUUGUAAUCUAAAAAUGAUAAGUCCUUUCCCAGAAAAGACAGGUCCCAGACCUUGGACCUACACUAAUUUGAACCCCUGUUUAAUUCAUAAAAAAUCCUUAAGGACUUGUUCUUGACAAAAUCUCUUCCAUUGCUCUUCCAAAAAAUGUUAACAUCUCAGACUAUUAUACGUAUCAAAUUCUUGAACUAAAUGUUGAUGCAUGUAAGAUUAAUAUUUUAUAUAAAAUUUCAUUUGAAAAGUUCACGACAACUCAUCCUAAAAAUAAUUGAUCAGCAAUCAUUCCAUUGUGUACAUCAUUUAUAUAUUUGUUUUUGUAUCAUUCUUAACAUAUUUAAGCAAUUUUUGUAUUUGUGCAAAUUUUUUCAUUUGAUUUUUAUACUAACUGGAUAAGAGUUUCUGUCAUUGUUAAUUCUUUUUGAAUGAAUGUUUAUUUAGAAUUAAUAAUUUGUUAAUUCUGUUUGGAAUAAAUGCACUCAGAUUUGUAAUGUCACAAUCCAGAAUAUAUAUAUUCUGUUAAUGAAAGAAUUUCUAUUUGUUGGUGAAUUAAAAUAGAUUGUUAGUAUAUUUUUAUAUUUGAUAUUUAUAUAUUUUUACAUGUUUUACAAUGAGAGCUGGUUCUCUCCAUUUAAUCUUGUUAUACAGUGGGUUCAAAUUAUCUCCCCUUCUCAUAAGAGUUAAUCUUCUUGUUAUACAGUGGGUUCAAAUUAUCUCCCCUUCUCAUAUGAGUGAAUGAAUUCAUUAUUAUACGACAGCAAAAACAUUUCGCGGUCGUAUAUUGGUAUGACGUUGGCCUCGUCGUCGUCGUUGUCGUCAUCGUCCGAAGACACAUUGGUUUUCGCACUCUAACUUUAGUUUAAGUGAAUGGAUCUCUAUGAAAUUUUACCAUAAGGUUCAAUACCACAAAAGGAAGGUGGGGAUUGAUUUUGGGGCUUAUGGUACCAACAGUUAAGGAAUUAGGGGCCAAAAAGGGGCCAAAAAUAAGCAUUUUUGUAACUUCCAGACAUUACUUGUGUGUUAGUGUAUGGAUCUCUCUGACAUUGUACCACGAGGUUCCAUAUCACAAAGGGAAUGCUGGGAUUGAUUUUGGGGGUAAUUGCCUCCAAAUUUUAGGAAUUAGGGGCAAAAAAGGGGCAAAAAACAAGCAGUUUUCUAGUUUCAUGACAAUAACUUGUGUGUAAGUGUAUGGAUCUCUCUGACAUAGUACCACAAGGUUCCAUAUCACAAAGGGAAUGCUGGGAUUAAUUUUGGGGGUAAUUGACUCCAAAUUUUAGGAAUAAGGGGCCAAAAAGGGGCAAAAAACAAGCACUUUUCUAGUUUCAUGACAAUAACUUAUGUGUAAGUGUAUGGAUCAUUAUGAAAUUAUACUUCAAGGUUCCAUAUCACAAAGGGAAAGCUGGGUUUGAGUUUGGGGGUAAUUGCCCUAAAUGUUUAGGAAUUUGGGGCAAAAAAGGGGCCAAAAAAACAAGCAUUUUUCUAGUUUCCAGACAAUUACUUGUGUUCAAGUGUAUGGAUCUCUCUGAAAUUGUACUACAAGGUACCAUACCACAAAGGGAAGGCUGGGAUUGAGUUUGGGGGUGAUGAAUCAUAAGGGGGUUCAAAAAAUGGGGGGGGGGAUUUUUUUUCCCUUUUUUUUUCUUUAAAAUUUUCCAUUUUAAAUUGGUUAUUUCUGAUUAUAUAUAAAAGCAAAUAAUAAUGAUAUGGUUUGAAAAGGUAAAUUAAAUUUUUUUAAGUUCUUAGACCACAUUCAUUCUGUGUCAGAAACCUAUGCUGUGUCAAAUAUUUAAUCACAAUCCAAAUUCAGAGCUGUAUCAAGCUUGAAUGUUGUGUCCAUACUUGCCCCAACUGUUCAGGGUUUCGACCUCUGCAGUCGUAUCAAGCUGCGCCCAGCGGAGCAUUUUAUUGUAUUAUUCUAUCACACAAUAAAUCAAACAUGAAGGUAUAUCAAUAUCUUUAGAUGAAAUUAAAAUACGCUAAUGGCCAAGAAGAAAAGUUGAUUUUUUAUAUUUUUUUUUAUCUUCAUAUAGCUAUUUAAAUGAUAUAUACUUUUGUAAAUUGCUGAAACCUUCUUUCAGUAAUAACAAUAAUUAGUCCUUUUGAUGUACUAAUAUUUUUACAUAUUUAUACUAUAUUAACAAUUAAACUAUUAGAGUAAAAUAA